CGUGCGUGCCGUGCGCUCGCCGGGCACCACGGCCACGGCCUCGCCCUCCGCCCCUGCGCCUGCACCGCUUAGGCCGUCCCCCGCCCCCACCGCGCCCACACCCUAGGCGACCCCCGCCCUAGCCCCAGGCCGGCUCCCCCACUUUCCAAAUUUAAACGGGGCGCAGCAUUAAGGCCUCCCGCCUCAGGUGACCUCUCAGGGGUCUCCCGGCAGAGGUGCCCCGCCGCUGAGGAACAUGGCGAAGGUGGAGCAGGUCCUAAGCCUCGAGCCGCAGCACGAGCUCAAAUUCCGAGGUCCCUUCACCGAUGUUGUCACCACCAACCUAAAGCUUGGCAACCCGACAGACCGAAAUGUGUGCUUUAAAGUGAAGACCACAGCACCACGUAGGUACUGCGUGAGGCCCAACAGUGGGAUCAUUGAUGCAGGGGCUUCGAUUAAUGUAUCUGUGAUGUUACAGCCUUUCGAUUAUGAUCCCAAUGAGAAAAGUAAACACAAGUUUAUGGUUCAGUCUAUGUUUGCUCCACCUGACACUUCUGAUAUGGAAGCAGUAUGGAAGGAGGCAAAACCAGAAGACCUUAUGGAUUCAAAACUUAGAUGUGUGUUUGAAUUGCCAGCAGAAAAUGAUAAACCACAUGAUGUAGAAAUAAAUAAAAUUAUAUCCACAACUGCAUCAAAAACAGAAACACCAACAGUGUCUAAAUCUCUGAGUUCUUCUUUGGAUGACACCGAAGUUAAGAAGGUGAUGGAAGAAUGUAAGAGGCUGCAGAGCGAAGUUCAGAGGCUGCGAGAGGAGAACAAGCAAUUCAAGGAAGAAGAUGGGCUUCGGAUGAGGAAGGCAGCGCAGAGCAACAGUCCGGGUCCCGUGUCGGCCGCGGCUGGGAGGGAGGAGGGCCUCAGCACCCGGCUCCUCGCACUGGUGGUUUUGUUCUUCAUCGUCGGUGUGAUCAUAGGGAAGAUUGCUUUGUAGAAGCAGCAUGCAGAGGAUGGCCAAAGGAUUCGUGGAUCCGUAUAUCAUGAGAUUUACAUUUAUCAUAACCAUGUGUAAAAAGAAAUUAAUGUAUGAUGACAUCUCACAGGUCCUGCCUUUAAAUUCCCCCCACUCUGUGCGUGCGCGUACACACACACACACACACACACACACCUGUAACAUAAUAUAACAAUCUUUUAGAAGUCAAAAAUGUAUAGUAAAUGAUUGGGGGAAAUAAUGAUCCUUAUUAAUGAUGAGGGAAACCAUGAUGGAACAACAGUGGCGUAUUGCAAAUGUCAUUUCAAACACUUGUAGCCUUGGCACAUGCUGCUGAGUUAACUCUCUGGAAACAAGACCCUCUUCCUUGCCUGUUGGUGCCCAGGCCCCUCUGCAUAGUGACCCCUCCUCUCGACUCACUCCCUUGGCUGCUUUUCCAUGGCCCGGCAUCGGUUCCUUGGGACUUGGCGCUGGGCGGCACCAGAAGUACUUGUCAGGAGUGGGAGGCUGUGACGACUGACCCAACACUUUGGAAAUAAAAGCCAGUGCUUCGUUCUCUUAAAGGGACCAGGCUAAACUACUGUUGGUUCAUGUAGUGAAGUUGAAUUGCUAUUCAGAGAUGUUGAUGCAUAUUUAACUUAUUUAAUGUAUUUCAUCUCAUGUUUUCUUAUUGUCACAAGAUUAUAUAACAUUGUGGCCUGAAAAUCACCUGUGCUACCUAAUGCCAGUGGGUGGAGCUGCGUUGCUGCCGGGGGGGCUGCGGCUCCUCUGUCUCUGGAGGUUCUGGGCUCCGCAUUCGUUUGGAGAUGUGGUCUAUCUGCAUGUUGGAGAAGGCUGCCAGGAAGAGUUUUCUGUAUCAAUAAGAAAUAGCUAGCAUCUGGAGGGGAGUUCUUAGUACCCACGGCUAGGUCCCCACUGCCCUCUUGAAUGGGGAGGAGCAGCUGACCUUGUAUGUCCUCUCACCUCUCCUCACGCACCUCCCACACUCUGCACACGUGCCCCGAGGCUGGCCCUGCCUUUCUUGAGUAGUCCUGGUUUGGGAUCGGGGUGAUCAGAGCCAGCAGGGGGCCGUGGGGAGGGGUGUGACUCUUGAGAUGAUGUGUGAAGUAGUGAUUGAAAGCUUGACUAAAUUAAUUUUAUGUGGUAAAAGACCAAUCCAGUGCUGUUUGACUAUGUAACAUCUUAAAAAGGAAAAAAAAAUUAAAAUAAAGCCCCCAAAUUAAAAGUUCUGUUGUCAUUUUGUCACACUUGCUAUAUGGGGAAAAUUAAUAUUUUAAUGAUCAUUAUUUUGUUAUCGGAAGGUUGAUUUUAAAAUGAGCCCUGUCAAUGAGAAAUAGGUAUAUUUAAUUAUUUAAAAAUAUAUACACACACAUUUUUGGCUUCAACUGAGAGUGUAUCAGUAAGACUGGCAGAUCUUCAGUGGCUGGUCGCCCUUGCCCUUUGUCGCUUUGCUCUUAAGUAGAAAGAAACCUCCCGUCUGGGUCAAGGAGUCAUGCACGAGACCCUAGCACAAAAAAACGCCCAGCUUGGCUCCAGAGUGUGGGUGAGUUUAAAAGACAAACUCACUGAAAGGAAGAUAGUUCUUAGAAGUCAUAUGCCUUGAGUCACAUUCCUCCUGAGCCUGGUUGGGACAGAGAGGCCUUAGGUUCUGGACCUGGUGGUCUGGUCAGGGACCUAGAGAGCGAGUUGAAUUUUCUGCUUGGAGUAGUAGCUUUCUGUCUUCUUGAGCAGAAGUUUACUAGACAUCUUGAGUUGUCACAGGCAGGUGUGCAGAUCUGGUUCUCAGCCACAUGCAUAUUGCUUGCAUUACGUUGAGCAUGCAGAUGUGGAAGGAUGCCUGUUAAUGAUAAGUCAGCCUCUGGUAUGGUUUCCAUGUGGACCCAGGUACUUACAGAAGGGAGUGAAAAGACUGAGUGUGAGGCAUGUGCCUUCUGCCGUUUUUGCGAGUGGACUAGCGUUUGUGUAGGAGUUGCAGUGAAUCCUUUCCCAGUCUUAAACCUCAUGGCCUAGAGUGAGUGAGUCUGAGGAGGGCCUCAGACUGCCUGGGGGUGCAGUACAGUCCAUUUCUGUAGAGCAGGGGUCUGCAGAUGUGCUCUUUAAGGGUGUGGCUGUGUUCUGAUGAAACUGUUCACAAAAACAGCAGGUGGGACUUGGCCUGGGAGGCUGGAGUUCGCUGCACUCGCAAGAGAGUGACCAAGUCCUUAAGAAGAGCGCCCGAGAAGCCGACCCCAAGGCUUGGCAGUGAUUCAGUGUCUUCUGUACGUCUAGAUGGGCUUCAGCUUUUCAGAGGAUGUGGGCAUUUUGUUUGUAGCUGAAAAUCAAAAUUCUAAAUCCAAAGUUGUCUCUUCUUUCUAAGUAGUCAUGCUAUAAGACCUCUUCCCCUUUUAGAGGUUAGGACUUGGUGAACACAUGGUGGUUUGUGGGGCUUUUGGACUUGUGGGAGAAUGGGACUCCCUAGGGAGAGGAGGGUCCUGUGGCGAGAAGCCUGGCUAGGAUGGAAGGCAUCUGGUCAGUGGGGAUGCGUGUGGAGCAGGUGCAGCUGGGGUCAGGGCUGCUGCCAGAGCCACACACUCAAGACCUCCGUCUAGGAGAAGUGGGUAUAUUCUGGAUGUCUUUUUCUGGAGUGACAGAAGAGGGAAAAAAGAAUAAGGCCGAGAGGUUUGAUGUGCGGUCCUAUCACGUGGUCUGUUUUGCCGUGAGAAGUUGAGAGUCAUGUGAUCAGAAUAAACUGGCGUAGAUGAGCCAGGGGGCAGCUGUCAGGGCACUGCCCUCGCCCCAGCUGCCUUGGCUACUUACUGGUUUAUGGCACCUCUGAGAGCCACGUCCUUGUUCCAGAAACACCCGCCCCUGAGCUUGCAAAUACAUAAGAAACGUAAACAAUAACUAGAGUCCUAUACAUUUUUGUGGGUUGAAUUUUUUAAUUGGUAACUUACGUUCCCAUGGCACAAUACAAAAUACCUCUUAAAGACAGCAGGCUGUGUUGUUUGUAGAUGUGAGGACAUGGCUUUAAUAUUUUUUCUUCUACUUUGCAUGUUUUUCCUCUGUAGUCUUCUAAAUUGCUCUCACCAGCAGUAAUAAAUACUGGUAAAAUCAAAAUUGAUUUAUACCAGUGGACAGUUUAUGCCUAGAGAGACAGCUUAGACCUACAUAACACAGAAGGGGGAAAAAUGAGGAACCUCCAGUGAUCCGUGAAAACCUGAAUGCUUUCAAACAAAUCCCAGAAACAGAAUUGCUAUAGAAAGGUAUCAGUGCUGAACUUGCAGGCUGUGUUGAGGCCGAUAUAACCGAAUACAGUGAUAGCUCAGAGUUAAAUAGCCUUUCAAAUUAAUUUAAAAACAAGCUUAACGUUUGUGUGUGUGUGUGUGUGUGUGUGUGUGUGUGUGUGUGUGUGUGUGUGUAGCAUAUGUACCAUAUGUAAGUAGCUUAACCUUUUUCAAAUGGUACCUAUAUUUUUUGCACUCACAAAUCUUUGUAUUUGCAAACUCAAACUCCAUGCCAAAACACAAUGCCGUUUGUCAUUUUCAGUUCCUUCUCUAAAGAGCUGGCCUGCUGACAAGUUUCUGGUUAUGGUUUGUUUGUGAAAUUCUUGGUUUAAAAGAAGGAAAAUAAGAAGGGAUUUGGGCUUCAAAGUCACCGUGAACACUUGAAUAACAUUUAACCUCCAAGACCUCAGGUGAAGAGGCGUCUGCUCCCCCUGCUGGCAAUGGUGGUUCACUGAGGGACAGACACCUCAUGGGGCCAUUGGUCCCUGACCAGCUCCCCUGCCCGUUGGGGUUGAACUUUCUGGUUAGGGGAGGAGGACUGAGUAAAACUGUGGAAUUGUAGAAAGUCAUUGCUCUGAGGAGUCGUAUCUCAAGCUUGGGCCAUGUUUGCUGAUGUUAAAAGUGAAUGCUUUCAAAGAUCAGCAGAAGUUGAAUUGUAUUUAGAAAGUCCUCUGACAGUAGAUGGAUGGCUCCAGUUCACAGCAUACAGAUCUGGUCAGGCCCUCGAUUACUCUCUUGUGCAUAAAGGUCAUCUUGGAGACCACACAUGCCCCACGGAAGUCGGGGUCCCCCAGGAUUUCCCUGGCCUGAUUGGAUUUGGAGAAGGCUUUUAAAAAACUGUUCUCAGACAGCUGCUGUGAUAAGAACCUUGUAGAGGAAGUUGCUGUUAGGACCCUUGUGCUCUCUGCUCUGUGCUUGCUCAUUGGACUUAAUCUCACAACAACUGUGACCCAGGGGAGGCAGGCUCUAUUUUGCACACGAGAAAAUGAAGCCUCCAGGAGGUUAAAUUGAGCAACUUUUCAGAACCUCUCAUUUGGAGGUUAAUCAAUCUCUGAGAAGCCUGCUGUGAGGGCCUUAGUCGCUAAGACACUGGUUUGAGCUGCAGGAAUCGCUCAGGAGCCCUGUGAGAGGCUCUAGUGAAUCGACCUGCUGGCCAUUUGCACACCUUUUAUGUGUUUGGCCUUCAUAUCUUCUGCAGUUAUUUUAAAGAUGAAGUAGAUAGAAUCACGACUCUAAUCCAGAUGCUUUUUCUUUUUCUUUUUAAACUAAACACACUUCAGACAGUGAAGAAAUGUGGGUUUUCCACUUUCUCAUUGCCUUGUCUGCCCGGUGCUCCUGGGGAAUGAAUCUGGGGGCUUUGGAAAGAAAAUUAGCAAGGCGAUGAUGAAGAUGUUCUCUGUGGAGGCUUUAUGUAACUUGUGAAUUAAAUGUGAAGCGAGGGCAGUUCAUUAAAAUUGGUAUCACAGAAGUGGCCUGCCGAGGUUUAAAAACAGCCAGGCUGCCCGCCUCGGCCCUCUCCCUGAGUCAGCGCUGCAGUUCUCUGGGAAGUCGUCGAAGAGAGCGAGCAGUAGUGGACUGUGACAAGGAGCAGCAGCUGUGAGGCAGGUGUGGGGGCUCUGAAAGUGGGUCCAGCGAGAGUCACAAGCCCUUUCACUCUUGCCUCCAAGUCCCGACAGCUGCGUGCUUAUUAGUACAUGAGGCUCAGCCUCCGAGUGCUAGUUGGGGUGCUUGGGUCUGCCCACCCAUGCCAGGGAACCCAGACUUCCCUCUGGGGGGAAUUUUUAGCUGUAUCUAUGCCACUGAAAAAUAAGGUUUCUUUUUAAUUUAUUUUUUGAAAAAUGGAGAAGACAGGAACAUUAACAGUUGUGUGUAAUAGUUAAAAGUGAAACUGGUGGAGGGGGAGGAGAGGUUGUCUCAAGUAAUAUAAUUCUGCUCUUUUUCUUAAUGGAGUUAUUAAUUCAUUAGAAAAUGCAUCAAAUCUGUAGAAAAGGAAGAAAAAGCAAAAAUAUAGCUAUUAUCUAACUUGUCAUAACUAUUUGCAAUUAUGAUACCUUGGAAUGUUGCCACAAUAUGGAUUGCUUUGAUUAGAAGAUGUCCGUUGAAUGAAACAGUACCGUGGGAUAAUAGUUUUCUGCUGCUAGAUAAAUGCUAAUGUUUAUUUUUAAUCCAGGAAACAUUGAUCCUGUGACUGUGCCCUAUUACAAUUACUUUAUUAUACCACAGGGUUGAUGCAUAUUUAAUCAUUUGGCUAAUGGCUGUGGGUGCAGGACGGACGCUCGCUCCCUGUCCUGCUCACCCGCUUGCAUUCUGAUGAACGCCACGAGCACAGCCAGCCUUCUCCAGGUAGAGCUGCUGCCCGCAGUUUCACUGCACUGAUCCCAAAGCCCCGUGUCAGCCUGAAACAAAACAGGUUACCUUUUACUUCUUGUUUCCCUUUAAUAAGUGUCAACCCAGGGAGACAAAUCGGAUACCUUAACACCAUUUCAUUAAGACCAUGCUAACCAGAAUGCAUAGCUUUGUGAUUUAAGAAGAAGAUAAAUUAGCAUGCAUGUUUCUCACAUCCACUCAUGGUUCUCCGUGAAUGGGAAACCGUCUGGUUCUUUGUAUGAACUGGCUACCUGCAUUCGCAUCUUGCUUUUGUAUUUUACAAAUAAACUCAGUUCAGCUGUUAUCCUCUAGUGUGGCAUUCAUUUAAAAAUGGUUUUUUUCCCAUUGACUCUUUCACUUGGAUUCAAAGGUAAUUUAUUGUUUGUAAUACUGAGACCAUGUGCACAAGAGCUGCCUCUUGCUUUUCAUCAUUCACUUUUUCGGCCAACAUCAGUUUACCUUUGACAUGUUAGAGAACUGUAGGAGAUGCCGAGAAAUCAAUCAAUGGGAGGGAUUUGUUUUUCUGUUUUUCAUUUGUGAACAGCCUCAUAAGGUGAUUCCAAGCUUAUAUGUAGAGAGAAAAAUGCAAAAUACAUUUGGUUCUCAUUUCUGUUGCUCGUUUCCUUUUUUAAGACAAUUGAUAAAACUGCUGCCAUUCGGAACUUCCUACAAGAAACUCAAAAUAAUCAAAACGUUUCCCUUCGCCUCCUGUCCUCUCUGAGUAAAGACGCAGUUUCAGUGGCGCCUGCUCUUCCCACCCUGCUUUACGUCUUUCUCCAUGUCUUUGAAAAAGAUCUCUGUAGAUUGUGGUGCAUGUUUGUUUUCAUUCUGACUUCAAUGUACAUUAACAUUUUGGGGAUUGAGUAUUUUAAGAACUGUCUCAGAAUGCUUUCGUUUUCAUAAUUCUCCUUCUAUAUAUUUUAAGUUGUAUUUCCUGUUUUGACAUGGAACUCAUUUAAAAAGUUGGUGCAGGAAAGGACUCUACCAUCGUACAUUGUGGUUAUCUGAUUUGUAAUAAAUCUAUGGCUUUACGGCUGACUUCACAGUUCUUAGAGGGAAGGAGAUGUCUUUCUGCAGUGUUGAAAUCGAAAGAGCCAUUCACAGCAUGUUCUCACAUGCUUCUGUGUGAGCCUGGUGGAACCGGCCCUGCUAAGGCAUAAACUUUUGUACUAGCUGUCUCUGUAUUAUGUUCAAUAAAUUCUGUGCUCAGAAUAUAUUUAAA